AAGGCCGUCAGCUUUUCAUGUAAAUUCUCAAACCUGCGCUCCGUAGAUGGAAACCAUCGGUUGUUUUUGAAAAUGAUGAAAUUACCCUCUCGUCCCGUUCGCUGUUUCCCGGCACCGCCUCUCUCUCUCUCUCGUCAUCGUGCGGUGCCCAUGAACAUUGCUGGCAGGAUUUCGGGUGGUGUGGCAUGGUGAUCAAAGCAGAUGCUACUUGUGUCUUUUCUUUUCUAACGUAAGCUUACCCUGCAAAUCAUCAUUUGCCUCAACCACAUUCAGAAGAAUGUUGAGAAUUAGGGAGAGGCUGCCACUUCGUCUUCUCCUCCGAGCACCCGACGGGCAGAGGAGUAGAGGUUCCACAACGAUCUAUCGAAGCACGGUCAGUUUUGAAUAGCAAUUCUCGUCCUCAGUACAAUGAUUGACUGAUAUCUUCGGAGGACCGAAUUGGGUUGAAGAAAGUUUUUGAAGGCAUUCUGUGGUGGUGGCAAAGUGCGGAGUCUGAGUGGAGGCACGAUGUUGCCUCCCAACGAGGAGAGGAUAGAUGUGGUCAAUUCUCCUCUUGGGACAAUGCUGCUGGAAGAGAUAACCCCUGUUAUCAUGGUUAUUGCGACGCCGCUCGUCGAAGAAGCGUGUCAAAAGAACAAGUUGAAUCUUGUUGAGAUACUGCAGCCAUAUUGCUCGUUCGACAAUAUUGAUGUGCCUGUUCGUACAGCAAGCGAUCAGCCUUAUAGGCUGCAAAGGUUCAAGCUGCGGUUGGUUUAUGCUUCAAAUGUUAUCCAACCUAAUCCUGAGACUGCCGCAGAGCGCGUGAAGGAAGCAGUUAGAAGUGCAAGUGAUAAACUUCCUGAUUUUCAAGGAGAAGACGAACAUUACGGCAGUGAUCCAACUGUGGAUAAUUGUGAGUCAAGAUUAUCAUGGUUUCAAGACUUCAACAGGGAGAUCGUGCGGACUUUAUCCUUCUCAGACCAUGAAGCCUUCGAUCAUCCAGUUGCUUGCCUGUUGGCUGUGUCUUCAAAAGAUGAACAACCUGUCAAUAAAUUCGUGGACAUUUUCGACAAAGAUCAGUUGCCUUCUCUUCUUAAGGAAGGUGCAAUGGACCCAAAGAUUCUGAAGUAUUAUUUGUUAGUACAUGAUAAUCAAGAAGCAAGAAGUGACAAGGCCGUUGAGAUUCUGGCAGAAAUGAGAGGCACCUUCGGGUCAAGCAGCUGUCAGUUACUAUGCAUGAACUCCUCCCUUGGUGAGGGAGAUGAAUGCCAAAGUAAACCUUGGAUUGAUAAAGAAGCUGAUGCCUCAAAUGAUCAUGAAAUUGGAUGCUUUCUUGAUGUGAAUGACCUGAAUGAGAUAAGAGACCUCUUGCAAGAAUUAUCCACGAAGCACAUCAUCCCAUACAUGGAGCAGAAGAUAAGAAUUCUCAAUGCACAGGUUUCAACAACAAGGAAGGGGUUUAAAAACCAAAUAAAAAAUUUGUGGUGGAGGAAAGCAAAGGAAGAAGCUGCAGAUGAUCCAAACGGCCCCAAAUACUCAUUUAGUUCUUUAGAGUCACAAAUAAGAGUCUUGGGCGACCAUGCAUUCAUGUUGCGGGACUAUGAACUUGCCUUGUCAAGUUACAGGUUGUUAUCAACUGACUAUAAAAUUGACAAGGCCUGGAAGCGUUAUGCUGGUGUACAGGAGAUGGCUGGCCUUUGCCUAUUUAUGUUAGACCAGUCGAGGAAGGAUGCAGAAUACUACAUGGAAACUGCUUUGAAUACUUACUUGAAGCUUGGAUCCUUGGGACAUAGAAACGCCACACGUUGCGGCAUCUGGUUGGCAGAAAUGCUUAAAACCAGGGAACAACAUAAAGAAGCUGCAAAUGUUCUUCUCCAUAUCUCCAAUCAGGAACCUAGUUUACAUGCAGCAGUUAUCCUUGAGCAAGCUUCCCACUGCUACCUGCAUUCAGAUCCACCCAUGUUGCGCAAAUAUGGCCUUUUUUGUGUUCUUGCUGGUAGCCAGUAUAAUAUUUGUGAUCAGAGGAAACUUGCCAUUCAGGCCUAUCGUAGUGCUCUUUCUGUAUAUAGAGAGUGUGCAUGGACUCAUAUCCAAGAUCAUGUUCAUUAUAACCUUGGAAGGUGGUAUGCCAUUGUUGGGAUCUAUGAUGCGGCUGUGCAACAUAUGUUGCAGGUUCUUGCCUGUACGCAUCAGUCCUUGCCAACACAGAAGUUGUUUUUUGGUGACUUUCUCCAUAUUGUGCAGGAGCUUCAGAAGCUUGGAAAGAAAUUUGAUGUGAGCAGGCUAGAAGUACCAUAUAUUAACUUAAGUUCCUUAAAAAUAUCAUACGAGGACCAUCGGACUUUUGCAUCAGCAUCUGCUGCUUGUAUCAAAGAAACCAUGUGGCAGUCUUUGGAGGAGGAAAUGACUCCAUCGGUAUCUUCAGUCAGAACCAACUGGUUGGAAUCUAUACCAAAAUCUGUCUAUGGGAAGAAGCGUGUUAUGUCACCUUUAUGUGUAGCAGGGGAGAUGAUCAGGGUGGAUAUUGAAUUCAGAAAUCCUCUUCAAAUCCCCAUUGACGUUAAGGGAGUCUACCUCCUUUGUGAGUUCUCAUCAAGAUCCUACACUAAAGAAGCAGAGACUCUAAAGCCUGCGAACCAUGAGGAUAAGGUGGCAUUAGACAUCUCACUUCCUGAUGAUGCUGAAUUCAGAAAUACUAUCAACGGCGGGGAACAUGCCAGUGCUCCAUUUUCUACGCCAGAGGUUGAUUUUGUACUGAAGGGAAAUGAUGCCAUUACUGUGGAACUAAACGUUACUCCAAAGAUACCUGGAAUUCUAAAGAUAGUUGGGGUAAGAUGGACACUGUCAGGUUCUGUUGUUGGGCACCGUGUCUUUGAUUCUGAGUUGGCAGAGAAGAGAGGGGACAAAGCAAGACAGAAUCUGAUCUCAUGGGAUCAUAAACUAAAGUUUAUUGUGCUCAAGAGUCUGCCAAAACUUGUUGGUUGUAUUCACAACAUUCCUCAAGAGGCAUAUAAAGGAGAGUUGCAUCGCCUCAUAUUGGAGUUAUCAAAUGUUUCAAAAUCACCUGUAAAAAACUUAAAGGUGGCCAUCAGCAACCCUAGAUUGAUCAUUCCUGGAAGAGAGAAGGAUUUGGACUUGGAUUUCCCUUGUUGUCUUCAAACUUUAACUAUCCCGGAUGAAAAUAAUGCUACAGAGAUAGUCAUGAAUUCAUCGAAGAAUUCCAUGUAUAUUUUCCUGAAGUUGUACACAUUUAAUUUUUAUGUGAAGGGUGCUACUGUUGAAGGUCUAAAGAGUUUUCGUUGGCCACUUUGGUUUCAUGCAAGCAUGGUUGGAAGCAUAUCCUUGGACUUGUCGGUGUACUAUGAAAUGGAAAACCCAUCAGAUGAGAUGGGCUUUAGAACUCUGCGGAUGCACUACAGUUUGGAGGUACUUCCAUCUUUAGAUGUCUCAUUCCAGAUAAUUCGCUCUCCAUCAAGAUUAGAUGAAUUUCUUGUGCGAAUGGAUGUGGUGAACAAUAGUCGGACCAACAGCUUCUGGCUUCAUCAAGUAUCGGUUGUUGGAGAUCACUUCUAUCUUUCAUCAUUAUCAUCACAUAUUUUGGAGGAUGAGAAGGAACAUGGAUCACCAAAUUCUAGUCACAUUGAUAAGAUAGAUAUUGGUCAACAUAAAUCGAUCUGUCCUGGACAGAUGUUGCCUGAUGGUCAAAAAGCAUCUCAGUUAUUUAAGAUUGUUGAAAGUCAAACAUUUAUUUCCUCUUCUGCAUUGGACAAAGAGCAUGGUAGAUUUCAUCCAUGCUCUAGUAGUGCGCACCAGAUUUAUGUCUCGAAUUCACCUCUUUCUGAUUUCCACCUUUAUGAGAGAUCCAGCGAGGAAAACAAAUCAUGCCCGGAAGUUGGAAGUAAAGAGGGCACAGUUGAUUUCAUAUUAAUCUCACAGCAAGUUCAAAACAAUUAUGAUAUUAAACAAGAUGGGCUUUCAGAUUCCUUGCCUCUGUGUUCUCAUCAUAUAUGUCACUGCAGAAUUGACAACAUGUGCCCCAUAUCAUGGUUGAUGGAAGGCCCCCACACAGUAAUUCAUGAUUUUGCCAAGUCCUUUUGUGAAAUGAGAUUUCAAGUUACUGUCCAGAACUCUUCGGAUGCUGUUGCAUUUAUCAGACUAGUCAUGUUCAAUCAGGCAGAGAAUGAAGUUCAGCUGAGUGAUGUUGGACAGUUAUCUGGUGCUAGUGAAGAGGGAGGUUGGCAUGAAAUAUCAUUGGGUAAUAGUGGGAAGGUCCUGUCGGACUUACUGGCACAAAGUUCUCCAUCAAGAAAACAAUCCUCUAAGAGCAUCUCUUCCUACGUCUGGACAGGAUCAAGCUCGACUAAGGUCAAGUUGGAGCCGUUGUCCUCAGCUGUAAUUCCACUUAACUUGUGCAUUUUUGCUCCUGGAGUGUAUGAUUUAUCAAACUAUGAGUUGCAAUGGGACAUCAAACCAUGCAAUGAUGGUAACGGUGGACUUGGAAGAGACUCAUCUAAAAGGACUGCUGGGACUAGUCUUGGUCACCCUUUUUAUCUGACGGCACUACAGUCUGCAUAGUAAUUUGCUUUCCGUACCUGCUGAAGCUGGGAGUGCUCUUGGAUCGGGAAGAUCAUCUCAGAGUGGCAUUUUUGCAACUUAAGAAUACCUGAAGCAUGAACGGCGUCCUGUGAGCUUAGGCAUCACGUGAGGCCCGAGUUCUUCCGGGUGGGGUGAAGUACUUGGUAUAAUCUAACCUCUGUUUCAGUCUUUUGACCUUGAUUUUGGAGGUGGUCAACGGUCUUCUACAUCUUUAAAAUUUUUCCAUUGAUUCUUUGUAAUAUUUGUUGUAAUAAUCAUUCCCAUGAUGGGAGAUGCUCUGUGGAUGUAAGCUUUUGCUUAAGAAAUGAUUAAGUUGGCAUGGUCAUCUUGGUUGGGGGAAGGUCAUCUUUUUUGUAUUAGGACAGCUCAUCGGAUCUUGUUGAACAAUUUUUUAAGCCCACAGUUCUUGGGACGGCUUAUUGGGUCUUUUUUA